AGCGUGCUCGCUCCACUGAUAAAGAAGCCGGAGAGACCACUGGGGAACUGACAGGAGACAACAAUUUCCCGUUUGUCAUUGUGGGUCCAACAACACUGCAAUGGAUCUGCUUCUGUAUGUGGGUGGUUUGCUGAUCUUCUUAUUGCUAUGGAUGAAAGCAAAAGGCUUUGAGUAUGUCAUUGUGCACCACAGAUGGAUAUUCGUCUGCCUUUUCUUGCUUCCGCUCUCCGUUGUCUUUGACAUUUACUAUUAUGCACGAGCCUGGCUGGUGUUUAAAAUGUGCAGUGCUCCCAAACUACAUGACCGCCGGGUGAAAGAGAUUCAAGAUCAGGUGCGCCAGUGGAAAGCAGAGGGAGGUAAGAAAUUCAUGUGCACCGGGAGGCCAGGAUGGCUAACAGUGUCACUUCGGGUUGGCAAAUACAAGAAUACUCAUAAAAACAUAAUGAUUAACCUAAUGGAUAUCCUGGAGGUGGACAUCAAGAGGCAGGUUGUCCGUGUGGAACCACUGGUUAACAUGGGCCAGGUGACCGCAUUACUUAAUUCUAUAGGCUGGACACUUCCAGUUGUGCCAGAACUUGACGACUUGACAGUAGGUGGCUUGAUUAUGGGGACAGGUAUUGAAUCUUCAUCCCAUAACUUUGGCCUCUUUCAGCAUAUUUGUUUGGCAUAUGAACUUGUCCUGGCUGAUGGAAGCCUUGUGAGAUGUACUCCAACAGAAAAUUCAGAUCUUUUUUAUGCUGUACCUUGGUCCUGUGGCACCCUUGGAUUUUUAGUUGCUGCAGAAAUUAAGAUUGUUCCUGCUAAGAAGUACGUCAAACUGCACUACACACCAGUGAAAGGUUUGGAAAAGAUAUGCGAGAAAUUUUCCAGAGAGUCUAAGAAUAAGGAGAACUAUUUUGUGGAAGGAUUAGUUUAUUCUGCUGAUGAAGCUGUAAUAAUGACUGGUGUCCUUACUGAUGAAGCACAGGCAGGUCAGGUGAACCGAAUUGGACAAUAUUGGAAGCCCUGGUUUUUCUGUCACGUAGAAUCUUACUUGAAGAAUAAUCGGGAUGGAACAGAAUAUAUUCCUUUACGGCAUUACUAUCACCGACACACUAAAAGCAUCUUUUGGGAACUGCAGGACAUUAUUCCAUUUGGCAACCACCCAUUGUUUCGUUACUGCUUUGGUUGGAUGGUGCCUCCAAAAAUUUCCCUGCUAAAACUGACACAAGGAGAGACAAUCAGGAAACUGUAUGAGCAGCAUCACGUGGUCCAGGACAUGCUCGUCCCAAUGAAAUGCCUGCAGAAAGCCAUUACAGCCUUCCACAAGGAGAUCAGUGUGUAUCCAUUGUGGCUUUGCCCCUUCAUACUACCAGGCCACCCAGGUAUGGUACAUCCGAAAGGAAAUGAGGCUGAGCUCUAUGUAGAUAUUGGAGCAUACGGGGAGCCAAAAACAAAGCACUUUGAUGCCAAAGGUUCUAUGCGACGUUUAGAAAAGUUUGUCAGAGAUGUUCAUGGUUUUCAGAUGCUGUAUGCAGACUGUUACAUGAGUCGUGAGGAAUUUUGGGAUAUGUUUGAUGGAACGUUGUACCAAAAGCUGCGAGGAAAAUUAAACUGCAGCAGCGCAUUUCCAGAAGUGUAUGAUAAAAUCUGCAAAGCAGCGCGUCACUGAGACAAAAGCGAACUGCUUGUAACAGAAACUUGACUUUGAUAGGGAACAUUACAACCAAAUAUGAACACUGCUUCUUUCCAACAAACACAUUUCCCACUAAUUAUGACACUGGAGAUAAUUUCCUACUCUGGACAAUACCCUUAAACAGCUAUGGGUCACUGGAACCUAUGAGCUAUUGCUAUUUUAACCUUUGGUUUGAUAUUUUCUGAGGCUGUGUGUGAAACACAAUGUGACACAAUGUAUGUGUGUGUGUGUGUUUUGGUGCAGAGAAAGUUUGAGUACUUUUUCAUUAAAUGGCUUUAAUUGUA